AAAUUCUGAAAUCAUUGGAGAUGAAGUUAAGUCAUGGUUGCAAAAGGUCGAUGACUUAAAGAAAAAAUCUGACAAAGUUUUGGACAGUGUAGCAGCAUCUGAAACGUGGUGUCUAUUCAAUAGAUGUCCAAAUUUGAAGACUCGUUACUUAUUAAGUAGGAGAGCCACAAAGAAGACUAUUGAGGCUGAUAAGCUCAAAGUGGAAGGUACAUUUGAGAGGGUGAGCUAUCCUCAACCUUCGGAGCAAGUGUUGAACCUAACGUCACAUGAGGGUUUCGAAACAAGGUUAUCAACUAAGAAAAAUAUUAAGGAUGCUCUAAAGGACAAAGAUACUAGUAUAAUUGGGAUCUGUGGUAUGCCUGGAGUUGGUAAGACAACAAUGGCAAAGGAAAUAGUCAAUGAACUCAAAGAUGAGAAAGUAUUUGAAGAGGUUGCAUCUGCAGAUGUAUCUAGCGAUCUAGACAUAAACAAAAUUCAGGAUGAACUUGCGGAAAUGCUUGGUCUAAAAAUUGAAGAAAAAACUAAAGACGGAAGAGCUGGACGACUUCAUGAAAGAAUUAAAGGUAACAAUGGCAAGAGCAUUCUUGUAGUAUUAGAUGAUGUGUGGGGAGAAAUUGAUUUGGAAACUAUAGGAAUUCCAUCUCCAAGUGGUCAAGAAGGGUUGAAAAUUAUGUUUACGACACGAAAUGAAGGUACGUGUCAUAACAUGGGAGCCCAAACGUUCAAAAUCGAAGUUUUGAGUGAAGAAGAAGGAUGGAAACUUUUCAAGGAUAUGGCAAAGAUUUCUAAUAAUGAAACUGGUGAACUCGUAAACAUAGCCAAAAAAAUUGCACGGGAAUGUAGAGGUCUACCCAUUGCACUAGUUGUUGUUGGCAAAGCACUGAAAAGCAACAAGUCUACACAUAAAUGGAGAGAUGCACUUCGGCAUCUACAGAGGUCUAGUGCUACCAAUCUUGAAGGAAUGGACAAAGUCGUGUACCAAAGUAUAAGAUUGAGCUACAACUAUUUGGUAAGUAAUGAAGAGCGGGAAUUGCUUUUGCUCUGUUCUCUAUUCGCUGAAGAUGAAAGUAUUCCAAUUGAAAUUUUG